AUGUACAUUGGUCCUAUAAGCCUCUGGCUUAGAGAUGUAGUACCGACUGUAAUAAUCUAUGUAACAAAGGAUUCUGCGUCGUCGAUGGUGUCGAGUGCUCCAGCUACGACCACAAGCACCUUGUUUUUGACUGCUCUUGUGGGCACCCAGGGUCCCACAAACAACCCGGUGCUCAAUCUUUCUCCGGUCUACUUCACAAAGGACGUGUCGACGGUUCUGGCUCUGAUUCUGGCCUUGAAUCCUUCGAACUCAGCCAACUCUGUAGCAGCAACUACAACUUCUGUGGGUGCAUCUAGUGCUGUUUCUGCUAAAACCUCGUCCGUCUCUAUUAGUCCUUCAAUCCUGUCUGCUGGGGCAGCCGUAACGAGUCCUAUUUUGAGCAGCGAUGUUUCAGGUAGUACUCGGCUUGGAUUAGCUAUUGGGAUUCCGAUUGCUGUAAUUUGUGCACUCGGGAUAGUAGUGUUUGGCUUAGUGUUCUUUAAGAAGAGACGGCUUUCGGCUCAUCUGAACAACGGAAUGAAAGCCGGAUUUGAAGUGUGCUCGCGCGGAAAACCAUCUAUUAUAGGGAAAGAUUGGAAGAAAAAUCCAGAAAAUAUUCAUACCUAUGAACUCGGUGUUUCUGACUCUUCUAAAGACUCAACGGCUACCAAAACCGAGCCUGCAGUGCAAAAAGAGCGACCCGGAUUAUUAUCUCGUCUCAGCAGAAUCAUCACUGUUCCAGAUUCACCGCUUGAGUUACGGUCUCCGAUGUUCUUGCGGCGCUUCAACUUGCUUUCUGGUGAGAGGGGUGUGAAAUCGUACAACAACGGAUCUUCUACAAAUCUAUCAAACAAAGUGUUGCCUCAAGUCCCUCCCGUUGGUUACCCCUAUGAUUCUUCGGGUAUUCCGGAUGACAUGGCUCAGCACCAGGAUGGUACCUACUCUAUCAUAAAACCAUAUGUGAAGAGAUUGGGCGACGAGCUCACGGUUUGUGUUGGCGAGACGGUCAAAGUCGUCAAAUUCCACUCGGACGGAUGGGCUACAGUCAAGAACAUUGCCAGCUCGGAGGUCGGAGUGAUUCCGGUAAUGACACUCAAAAAGGAAUCGCUGUCCAGAAUCAAUGAGAUAUCCAAGUAG